AUGUCGAUUCGCUCGCCUUCCCUCUCUUCUUUCAAUACUCCUCAAUCUGUCCAUCGUAACCUCAUCUUCUUGGACGUAAUUUCCACGAUGGCCGACGAUAUUAUCGUAACCUCCCCCCACCCGCGCCCCGUCGACGAUCCCAUGGAUACGUCUCCAGAUCCAAACGCGGCUGGUUCCCAGGUCGAGAAAAGGCGUUGCGAAGACGAGCCUUCAAUAACCCAACCCACUAAAGUGACGAAGUCAGAUCAUCGGUCCUUCGAAGUAGACUACCAUCGCUACAAAGUGGACCAACUCCAAAAUCAGCUCAAAAAACGGGAUGACACGAUCGUGCAACUACGAAAUCAACUUAACAAACGGGAUGAUAGGAUCGCGCACAAGACUCAAGGAUUAGUGCACAACGGCGGAAUCAUGAGGCGAUUACGUCAUGACCUCGGAAUCACCACCAUACAACUCUCCAAUGCUAUGGAAAUAAUAGAACAUAUGAAAAAUGAAAACACCCACUCGCAAGAUGCAGGGCUCCGACUCAAUGUCAAAUUAGCUCUGGAGCAACACCAACUCAGCGAGGAGGUCAAGACUUUGAACGAGGCCCUUGAGAGGAAGACCGCGAUGUUAGAGGAGAGGACGAAGGAAUUGGAACAAAAGAAGAAAUUACUUGGGGAAAGGCGGCCUUCACACCUUGAAUCAGGCGAUUGGAACGGAAUGACGAAGGCGCAAGCCACGAAAGCUACGGAGUUGACCCAAAAAAUGAUUGAUCUGACAGAGCAGCGAGACGAUAUCGUGAACGAGGUGGAAGAAAUAUCUAAGGGGUGGAAUGAGCUGCUCACCGAAAAGAAGGAAGAGGCACUCAACAUGAAGAUCCAUAAUACAGCAUCGAUUGCAGCACUAAAGGUUGCGCAUAAAAUGGAGUCUAGCUCUUUAGCAGACACCAUUCAAAUGUGGAAGAAAAAGACUGCAGAAAUGGAACGCUUGCAUGAAAAGGAAAAACAGGAUGGUUUUCAGGCUCUCAAAGAGGUUGAGUGCAGGAACUGCUCAGCCCUCCAAGGACAGAGCGCUACGGAAGUACUCGCUGCAUUGAAGGCAGAAAGAGACCUCAAUACUAAGCUCAAGGCAGACGCCGAGGUAAAUCUACUCACGACAUCGACACCGACCUCAACUGAAGAGCUCACGCCGUUUCAGGUCGAGCUGAGAAACAAGGUUUCCGAAAGGACAAAAGAACUGGAGGAGAAGAAUAUGAAGCUGGUGGCAGAUUUACAGAAAGCGACAGAGAACGCAGAGACCCAAAAUGUUGAGCUAGAUUCUCUCAAGAAUGAAAUGUCUCAGUUGGAUCGGGAGAGGAAGGAUCGCAGCACCGAGAUCACCAACCUCAGUGAACAGUUAGAGGCGAGUGCUCUCAAGAAGAUACCGUGCGGGAACUGUUCGGAACUACGAGGACAGAGUGCUGUGGAGGUACUCGCUGCAUUGAAGGCAGAAAGAGACCUCAAUACUAAGCUCAAGGCAGACACCGAGGUAAAUCUACUCACGACAUCGACACCGACCUCAACUGAAGAGCUCACUCCGUUUCAGGUCGAGCUGAGAAACAAGGUUUCCGAAAGGACGAAAGAACUGGAGGAGAAGACCACAAAGCUGGAGGCAGACAUCCGGAAAGCAAAGGAAAAUGCACAGAUUCGAGACAAGACUUCGCAGGCUGAGCUAGGGUCCCUCGAGCAAGAAAAGUCUCGGCUGCAAGAGAAGGACUUGGAACGCUCGAAAGAAAUCAAUGCACUCAAAGACCAGUUGCAGACCCCCACGAACGACCACUCCCUCUGCGAGCAACGAUAUAAGGAAUUGGAUAAUGACUACAUGUCCGCUAAGGAUAAAUAUAUUAAAGAGAAGGUUUCUCAUCUGGCAACGCAGAGGCAAUACAGCGACGUUAAACGCAACCUCGACGACCUUGCGGUCGACAAGGCAAGAUUGGGCCGGCAAAUGGAGCAGUUAAAGCGAGAUUCAGACGGAAGUCAACGCACAGACCAAGAUAUGAACAAUCUCGCCGACGAACUAGCUGAUAUUAAGGUUGAAUUGAAGGAAGCCCACCAGACAAUUCAGCGCCUGAAAGGCAAAGAGGCCGCUCCCCCACCUAUCGAUUCUAGUGAAGAAAUCAGCCGUUUACGUCGCGAGUUGGAGGAAGCGAACCAGAAAUUGAACGCUAUCCCGCCAACUAACGACACAGUGUGGCAGGCGCUCAGAAGAGGGAAGCGGAUAGCGAAACUAGGUCGACAAACUGUGAUUGACGAGGUCAGAGCGGCUGAGAAGGCCCGGCCAACUUACCAACUUCUCGGGCCGGUAGCGGCUACUACACCCGAUGAUUCAGGAAACGCAGGCGACGACGAGCUGGAAGACAACGAUCCAUCUCUGAAUGAGGGAGACGAGUCUGACGAAAGUAAAGUCUACUGCAAAUAUGCUCAAAUGCAUCCACAGGAUCACUCAGGCGACACUGAAAACCAGCAUAAGAACGAAAUGAAUUCACUAUGCCGCCAAGUUAUACUCGAAUGCCUGAAUGGAGAUCGUGCCAUGGACUUGUUUUUGGGGGAUCCAGUGUCUCACGAACGUCUGGAGCUGUUCAAGCGGGAUCCAGCCAAAUACGGACCCAAAGUCCACAAGACGUGGCUUGAUAAAAAUGGUUAUACCGACACAGCUCAGCUCAGAGCGUCAGCGUGGAACGAAAAUUUAAAGUACAAGCUCAAAGUGCUGCUGGAGCACAUCGUCGCCAACUGUCCGGACAAAGCGCGCUUUGGGCCAAGUCCACUUAUCUACUGGGGAGACAUGCUACAGGAUCGAUUCACUGCCCUUUAUUCUGACGUGGUCAGGGCUCUUCCACGAUCAAAGGCGGAAGCGAACAAUCAGGAACUCGUGAAGAGCCGUCUCUACGAGGACAACAUCAAGCGCAACGUCCGUAAUGGAAGAGUGGGGUUCCGGCGUGCGAAGUUCGACGCAAGGAUGAAGAUCUCGAAUGACAUGAUCGCGAUUUCAGAUGGUAGGGAGGACCAGAAAGCGGUCGAAUUCUGGAAGUAUGUCAGCGAUGUGACUGAAGUCCUCGGGAUGGAUGGUAUGUCGGACGAAGAGAAGGAUGUGGAGGAAGUGAUGGGUACGAUGUCCGGGGUAACAAGUCAAAAUGACAUCGUGAAGGUUCUGAAGCUUCCAUGGCGUCAUUCGCUGAUCAAUGCACUAUACAAGUCGAUGGACGAGAUCAAGAAGUACGAGGAGCUGGUUGUUCGUUCCACAGGCUCAAUGCGCAGGACAUGCGUGGAUCAGAUAUCCACCCGAAGGACACCGAUCAAACUUCCUCUCUCAGUUUUUGCGGACGGGUUUUUGGUGAAUAUGAGGGACUAUGAACGAGACAAGCUCAAGCUCUCAGGACAUUUCGUCGUCCGAGACUUCAGAUACGAGGCACCAAAAGAUAGUUCUGCAUGA